AUAGUAUUAUAUCCAGACGGAGAAGGCCAGUUCUUCCAGGAAAGAAUACAGGAAAACCCCCAGAAGAAGAGCUGUUUGGAAGAACACGAUGAGCGAAGCCUCCCGCUUGAAGAGCACCAUCUACGUGGGCGGGCUGGACCAGGCUGUGACGGUGAGAACACUGGCCGAAGCGUUUGUGCCGUUCGGCGAGGUGGUGGACAUUACACUCCCUAAGCCGGAUCUACCGAACUCUGGCGACCUGCACCGGGGGUUUGGCUACGUGGAGUUUGAACUGCCUCAAGACGCAAAGGAAGCGAUCGAUAAUAUGGACGGAAGCGAGCUUUACGGGCGAACGAUCAAGGUUGCCGGCGCCAAGCCGCAGAAGGAUAGCAAUGAAGGGCUGGGAAGCAAGACGGCGAUUUGGGAGCAGGAGGGAUACCUGGCGAAAUACGCGGUUAGCGAAGAGGACCGGCUUGCCGCAGAGGAAGCUCGAGAGGCCUCCAACAAUCGGCCACAAGACCCGAUGCAAGGGCUAGAAGAGCUCGAUGUGGCAGGGCCGAAACCCGAGUAAAAAAAAA